UUUCUAAAAUGGACGUCGAGCAGUGUUAACCAAAUAUUUUCUGUGCUCUAUACGCCGUACAAUAUCGUUUUUGUGAUAUUCAUUUAGGAAAAGCCGUAUCGUUUUGAAAUAUUGUGAAAUCGUCGUGUGUAUAUAUAAAACGUACGUAAUAAAAUUUUAUAUAAAUUAUCUACUUUAAAGCAGUUGAAAUGUGCAGAAAAUGUGUGUUUGCUUACAAAGCGAAAAAGCUUUUUUGUGUAAGUGCUUAAGUGCGCGUUCUAUCCUAAAGCGUUUCAGCUUAAUUUUGUUGGCUUCCAAGCCGACGUCGGUUUGCGCGCGUAUUAAACGUCGAAACGUCGUAAAGUAUACAACUUAGACGCUCGGAAUAUAUAUAUAAAUCUUGGCGCUUGUCUCGUUGUAGCAAUUGUUGCAAUAUUCAGUUGUCCGCCUCUAUAAUAUCGCUUGAAUUUAACAUCUUUCACCAUGUCGACGUCGCGCAGACGUGGCGAAAUAAAUCCCAAACUCCAUAUGGAUAGACAGCCAACAGUUGCACGCAUAACAGAUCCUUCAUUACCAGCCGGAAAACGACGUGAGAUCGAUAACGUUAUGAAAAAGGCACGCGCCAACACUAAUGAUUACUGGGAUAAGAAGUUGAUAGAGGUGGAGGAAAAGGAUCCCAACCGUUGGCGUCAUACUGGCUACAAGAAAAUGUACAUACAAGGUGAUAGCAGUUCCGGUGAAAGUGAUCGCGAAGGUGGUUUUCGUUAUAAUUCCACAGCAGGCGGUCCUGCUGGUGGACCCGUUGGUGGGCCGCCACCAAAUACCGGUCGUUAUGGACGUUCACGUUCACCGCGUUCGCGUAGUCGCUCGCGUUUGCGUAAAUCGCCACCUAUGUCGCCGCAUAUGCGUCGUCGUUCGCCACCCAUCGAUAUGGGUGGACGUCGCAUGUCACCACCCAUGGAGGGAGGUAUGCGUGGACGUCCGCGUUCGCCACCACCACGUGGUGGUAUACCUCCGCGUUCACCUUCCGAUAUGGGUCGCAGUCGUAUGCCCUUGCCUGGCGGUGCUGGUGGUAAUAAUCGGCCGCGUUCACCACCCGAACCGCCAAUGCGUCGUAAGCCGUCGCGUUCGCCACUAGGUAGACGUCGUUCACCACCUAGCAUGAGUCGGCGCCGUUCGCCACCGCCGGUUGGUCCCAAUAAGAGGGGACAAAUAUUGCCGCGUUCAAAGCGACCACCAUCGCCUCCGCCGCGGAAUUCGUGUCGUUCACGUUCAAAUAGCUCGGUUAGCAGUUGCUCGGAUGAUUCGUGUUCGGUUUGCUCACCAAAACAUCACAAUAGAUCACGCUCUCAAUCUAUACCGCGUGCGCGUUUACCAGGUGGUCCGCGUUCGCCGCCGCCAAAAGCAACGUCGCGUUCGUUGCAAUAUCGUGGUGGACAACCACCACCGAACGGUCACACUUCGUCGCGUAUGCACGCGCAUCCGACUACACCACCAGCGCCAGCAAACGCGCGUACCGUUGAUAAGUAUCGCGAUGACAAGGCUCGUCGGUAUAGUCACGAUCGUACCUUGGAUCGUGUGCCAGCCGAUGGGCGUCUCAAACUUGUACGUACGGGUCGGCAUUCGCCAAAUGAAGAUUUACGCGUAAAGAAUCGUCCGCCAGAGCCACCAGAGCCCGCUUCAACUUCGUCGUCAGCAACCGUUGCUGUCGCCAAGAAAAAGAAGAAGGACAGAGAAAUUCGCACACGCAUUAAAAUCGAAGGUGAGAAACGUAAGAAGCACUCAUCAUCCGAAUCCGAAGAUUCUGGUGGCUCCGAUAGCGAUAGCUCAUUGCCUACGUUUAUUGCUGCCACCGGUUUGACACUCUCCGAGCGUUUUGGCAAAAUGGCACAAUGGAGCAUUGAUCGUAGUAAUAUGGAAAAUAUGCGCAUAACCAAAGACUCUACCGGUGGAGCUUUGAAGGUUAUGAUCGAAGAGGGACUCGAGUCGCCACCGCGUCGUUACUCGUAUUCACCAGCACCGGCCGGGCAUUUUCCGGAAGAACUUGCAACCACAGCACCGUCGGGCAUGCUGUCGUGGGAUGAUGUACGCGUACGUUACGAAUACUACAAGAGUCGUGGCUAUCUGCGCGAUCUAGAUUUGAAGGACUACAUAAAAUGGGAGGAAUGGUGGUAUAAAUAUCAAGAAUGGUUGAAACAAGAACGCUAUUAUGAAUAUUGGGAACGUCAACAAAUGGCGCGUCGUCGACGUAAGAAGUUGCCCAUUACGCAGCGUCUUAAUUAGGUACUCACUGACCUUUUCUUGUAUUCAUUCGUUUCGUCACAGAUUAAGAAGUUGUUUUAGAACUUGUAACGUGCAUGAAAACGAAAAGCAAAAACAACAGCAAAGCAUCAACAUAUGCACCGUACCGGUAGCAAUGUGUUCCUUGCAGUUUGCUGGUCAACAGUCGUUUGAAAUGUGCCCACAUUCUUCUUACAUUUGUUCUACAUUUAAAAUGUAAAAAAAAAGUAAUAAUUAAUGAAUAAAAUAUGUAUGCGUAAGUUAUUUAUAGAAAUUAUAUACAUAUACACACAUAUAUAAAGCAAACAACUCACGAUUUUUAGUCUCAAGUUUUGACAGAGUUGUGGCUUUAACAUGCAGUUGAUUAUGUAUUAGUACUUUAUAUUAUAAACAGUGUAAUAUUAAUUUAAAUAAAUCAUUGGAAAAUAAAAAUA